AACAAUUCAACUAUUGAACCGAGUGGUUAAUUUAACGAAAACCUCAAACGCCGCCAUGAGCAGCGGCGGAUACAAGCCGGUGGUGAACACAGUGCGGCACUCAAUCACCACCGUCUCCAAGCGAAAGCGAUCUUCAAUCUCGGAACCAUCGAAUAACCACGAGCCAGUAGUAGUACACCGACCCCACACUUCUCUUGCGCCGCCGGGGUCAAGCCGGAAACCUAGUAAAUCCUCUCGCCGGCGCCGAAGGGUACGCAAGGAGAGGUCCUCGAGCUCCGUCGAUCGCCAAUGGGUGUUUUCCGCUAGCAAUUUCAGAAACCUUAAAGAUAAGCUGGUUUUAGUUUCGUACAAUCUACUUGGUGUUGACAAUGCGUCCAACCACAUGGACUUGUAUUACAACAUCCUGCCGCAACACUUGGACUGGAGUAGACGGAAGCAUCUCAUAUGCAAGGAGAUUAGUCGCUAUAAUGCAACCAUCUUAUGUCUUCAGGAGGUUGACCGCUUUGAUGAUCUAGAUAGUCUUCUUAAAAACAGGGGAUUUCAAGGUGUUCACAAGCGUCGAACUGGAGAAGCGAGUGAUGGUUGUUCUAUAUUCUGGAAAGAGAAACUAUUCAAACUCCUACACCAUGAAGAAAUAGAGUUUGAUAGAUUUGGCAUGCGAAACAAUGUUGCUCAACUUUGUGUUUUAGAGAUGAACUGCGAGGACCCAGAAUCUAAAUUAUGCAUGCAGUCUUCAGAGCAAACAUGUACAAGUCCUCGAAGGCUAGUGGUUGGGAAUAUACAUGUCCUGUUUAAUCCUAAGCGUGGCGAUAUUAAGCUAGGCCAGGUAAGACUUUUGCUAGAGAAGGCUUACAAGCUAUCACAGGAAUGGGGAAAUAUUCCAGUGGCAAUUGCUGGUGAUCUGAACAGCACUCCAAAUAGCGCAAUCUAUGAUUUUGUAGCUUCAGCCGAUUUGGAUACACGACUCCAUGACCGAAGGCAAAUUUCUGGUCAGUCUGAACUCGAUACAAAGAGGAGCCCGUUUAGAAACCAACAUGCAGUUAGUGCAUCACAAACCAAUGAAUGGAGCCAGGAAGAACUGCAGCUUGCAACUGGUGGUCAAGCAACUACUCAUGUCCGACAUCAACUGAUGCUUAACAGCGCAUAUGCUGGAGUUCCUGGUACACUAAGAACGAGAGAUCAAUGCGGUGAACCAUUGGCAACAACAUGUCAUUCAAGGUUCCAAGGAACUGUUGAUUAUAUAUGGCACACCAAGGAACUAGUUCCUGUAAGGGUUCUUGAAACCUUGCCAACUGAUGUUUUGAGAAGAACAGGUGGACUACCAAGUGAGAAAUGGGGAAGUGACCAUCUCGCCAUCGCAUGUGAACUUGCCUUUAUGGGUGAGGGAUGUUGAGGCUACGGGUUUAACGUCAAAACUCCCCCCACGGAGCCACCUGACUUCGUCAUCCCUUGAAGUUCAUGAUCAUGGAGGCUUGUGAACUGAAGUGUGAUGAAAUAGCUUGGUUGAAACUGUGACAAAUAAGCAUCCCAAAACAUACUUUCAACUGUUUUUUUUUUUUAACUAAUAAUACACGAUUUUUUUUGUAAGAUGUUUCUGUUUCUAAUACACAUGUUUCAGUUAAAAUGUUUAGACAAUAAGUAAGGAAGUUGUUGAUGAGCUUCUUGUGUUCAUAAUCUUACAGAACCAAAGUGGGUUAUUAAACAAGAGUGUUGUUAUUCA